AUGGCAAGCACGAGCAGCGCAAUCCAGCAAAUAAUAUUUCGUAAGCCUUCGCGGAAAUAUUCAACGUCUGGUUUUGAGCGCAGAUCGAUUUGGGGAAAGACUGGGAUAGAUUUGAACGGGAGCGAGAGCGGUAGCGCAGGCGACACAACCAGUGAGCGUGGCAGCAGCUCACCUGGUAUGAGAUCAAGAUCAAUUUCGAUAUCUCGUCCGCCAUCUGCUUAUUCUGCUUAUUCUGCACGGACUGCUCGGUCAGCAGCCUCAGCACCCUUAGCAACCGCGCAGAAUACAGAAAAAGAGCUGCCGAAGCCAUACGAGGCCAAUGAGGGCUCUGAGAUUAGCACUAUUAUUGAAGAUAAUGAGGACACGGAAACUAUCAACGGCGAACGUGCAAAUGGGUCUGAAAGCACAUUUAGAGCUGAAGAUGCGAGAGCCAAUGAAGCUCAGGACCAAGAUUCACAUUCAGAUUCCUCGUCUUCCUCAAAUUCACUCAGACGCAGUGCAUCCUUCAAAUCGCUAGCUCAAUCAGUUGCGUCCACAACUGACCAGUCUUUUGUCUCUGCACAGGAAAGUAUAGAAUCCAUGUCGAGUGCAGCGUCAUUCCACUCAACACCGUCGACAUUAAACAUUCAAGGGGAUGAUGAGAACGAUGCUAGCUCUGUGAGCUUGGCCUCGCAGUAUUCUCAGAGCAGCGCGAAUAACGACGAAAGAGAGGCCCUGGACGCUGCCACUGCUUUGCCUGACGUACAGGUGGACAACAGACGACAGAGUGCCGACAGCGCCAAUAAUGUUGAUGCAAACAAAGAAUCCAAGCCCAACAACAGCACUGAUACUAGCCCCGCCAAUACUGUAGUCGAUAGUAUUUUCGAUAGCACACAAAGAAGCCAUGGAAGCCCUACCUCUGAGCUGGAAUCUAACAUCAGCACAACAACAGCAGCAACUGUGACACCGAAGCAGUCGCCAACGCUGCCCCUUUCGCCAAAAAAGAGAAAUUUUUCAACUACCAGUAACGCAUCAACAGUCAGAGCAUCAAUGACCAGGAAUCUGCCAGAUGCACCAGCUGUACCAGUUACGACCGCUUUAUCAGUUGCACCAACUGCACCAACUGCACCAACUGCACCAACUGCACCCGCUACAUCUGCUACACCACCAAAAGGAAAUAGACGAAGAGUAGCAUCAACUCCGUCUAACAACAACCAAGUGAACUUUAGACGGCUCUCCACCGAUACAAGCUCAACAAAACCACCUUUACCUGAAAGACCGCAGAGUCAACUGCUGCUACCAAGCGAUUUCGUAAAAAUGCGCAAAAGUGGUGGUUCACCGAGCACUGUCGGUGAUAGUGUUGUUAGUGAGAGUACAAAGUAUCCUGCUUCGAAUGCUACAUCAACUACAAACAAGAUUCCACGCUCGGAAGCGACGAGCGCGACAACACGCAGUCGGACAUGGUCAGUUAGUGGAACUGCACUGUCUAGCAAACCUAGCGUGAAGAGACCUACGACCAGCAUAGACCAGAUGCUACCUGAUGAUGCUUUAGGUAUAGAUCGCUCAAUGCUUAGUAUCAGUGUUACAAGUGGAGCAGCUGAGAAGCUGACCAAACCAAGUAAAUCCUUCAUGGGUAAAAAGAGAAGCGCGAACUGGAGCGGAGCGCGUGGUAGAAAGCACACACAACUAUACAAACCUACGAUAACACUCGGAUUGAACAGCCACUUCAAACCACCUCAGAAAUUAGAUCCUCAUUCUGUUCUCAUCAAAGUUCAUAGCACCGCUUUGGAUAACUUUGACGCGAUGACUCUCAUGCGUGGCUCUAACGCCCAAUACAACAACAAGAACAAAAGUGGCAUGGAGGCCCCACCUGGUCCUGAGUACGGCUUCAUCCCUGGUAGAAUGGCUCUCGGACAGGUCGUAGAGGUUGGUUGGAAAGUGAAAAACAUCAAUCGCCAGUGGGUAUGGGCUUUGCUCUCUACAGAGAAGUCGGGAUGUCUUAGCGAAUACAUUGUCGUCAACCGGACUAGAGUUUCGCCGGCACCUAUCGAAAAAGCCGGUCAGGACAUUAGCAAAUUGUCUACUGUCCCUCUUAAAGCAUUUGCGGCACAAAAGCUCUCCACAUCACACAUGGCACAACUAAAACAAGGAUCACGCAUUCUUGUACUCGCCGCUAGUUCCAACCCGUACAACUCCGUAUCGACUUAUAUCAUAGAAGAGCUGAAAGAGCGUAAUUGUCAGGUAUUUGUGCAGACAACGACGCACUCCGAUUUUAACUAUGGCGUUGGAGUGUACGAGUUAGCAGGUGCAUUGAAAGAUAUCACUUCUGACCAGCUCGAGGGUAGUUUCGAGAUGGUGAUCGAUGCGCGACUUUGUUUUGACGAAAAGGAAAACAUCCAGGCUCUUGAGUGGUGCAGGAGGAUUCUAUGCAGAAAUGGCGCAUUUAUCACACUCGUUCCUGACAUGAUGGACGUCGAUCAAUCAAAACCAGUCAAGACGCGGAGUCUUUGGAGUCAAAUAGUCGGCAUGCUUUUUGGUAGUCAGUCCAGAAAGAGUUUACAGAAGGUCGUUCUCGGCGUACCUGGCGAAGACGACGUCGACCCGGCGUCAGGUAUGGAUGUGAGAGAUAUUUUGGAUGAGAUUGCUCGCAAGAUUAACAGUGGUGUUUACUCCACAUUCCUCAACGACAAGUCGCACAUUAAUGCAUAUCAGCUGGAGAAUGCCACGUCGGCAUUCCAUACUAUUGGGUUUAAUGAGAGGGGGAACCAUAUCAACAAUCAACCUUUAUCAGAUUAUGCAGUUGUUAGGAUGCGUUCUUAG